UAAUUCCCAUUUGUUAGAGGAAAAGCAACGAAUAGGCAUGUGGAGCAUGUUUGGGCUUCAAUGAGGCAAAUAAUUUCUUUAAAUAAAAAGGGAAAUCUGAUAGCAGUUGUCUGAGAGUUACAGGACUCAUGGGGAAAAAAGGCAAGAAAGAGAAGAAGGUGAAGGGAGCGGAGAAGACCGCUGCUAAAAUGGAGAAAAAGGUUUCAAAGAGGUCGAAAAGAGAGGAGGAAGAUCUGGAGGCGCUCAUUGCCGAGUUUCAGAAUCUGGAUGCAAAGAAAACCCAAGUUGUAGAGACGACAUGUCCUCCUCCAUCACCAAGACUGAAUGCAUCACUUUCUGCCCAUCCUGAGAAAGAUGAACUCAUCCUGUUCGGAGGAGAAUACUUCAAUGGAAAGAAGACGUAUCUGUACAAUGAUCUCUUUUUCUUCAACAUCAAGAAGAACAGCUGGGUUAAAUCUGAGAUCCCCAACCCUCCUCCACGCCGCUGCUCUCACCAGGCUGUGGUGGUUCCACAGGGUGGAGGCCAGCUCUGGGUGUUUGGGGGAGAGUUCGCCUCUCCAAACGGGGAGCAGUUCUACCACUACAAGGACCUUUGGGUGCUGCACCUUGCUACACACACGUGGGAAAACAUUAAAGCACCCGGCGGUCCGUCAGGGCGCAGCGGCCACCGGAUGGUCCUCAGCAAGAGGCAGCUGCUGGUCUUUGGAGGUUUCCAUGAGAGCAACAGAGAUUUUAUCUACUACAACGACAUCUACUCUUUCUCGCUGGAUACCUUCUCCUGGUCGCGCCUCACUCCAUCAGGCUCCGCCCCCUGUCCACGCUCAGCCUGUCAGAUGACCUCCACGCCAGACGGCAUGGGCGUCAUCAUCUAUGGUGGAUACUCUAAAGUGAAAGUGAAGAAGGAUGUUGAGAAGGGGACCAUCCACUCUGACAUGUUUCUCCUGAAGCGAGAAGGAAAAGAUGGACAAGAGAAGUGGUCGUGGUCCAGAGUGAACCCUUCUGGUAAUAAACCCCCUCCUCGCUCCGGUUUCUCUCUGGCCGUGGGUCCAGUGGGGCGGGCGGUGCUGUUUGGUGGCGUUUGUGACGAGGAAGAGGAGGAGACGCUGGAGGGCGAUUUCUACAAUGACCUCUACCUGUAUGAUACGGUGAAGAACCGCUGGUUCCCCAGUGUACUCAGGGGAAAUAAGGCAGAGAAGAAGAAACGCCGGAGGGGGAAGAAAGGCGGAGCAGAGGAGGAAGGGGUAGAUGGGAAGAGGGAGGAGGAGGAGGAGGCAUCUCAAGGACCCACUGAGGUCGUCAAGGAGAUUGUCACUGAGGACGGAACAGUGAUGACAAUCAAGGAAGCAAUUCCCUGUGCUCAAGAGGAAGAGGAGGAUGAAGAAGAGGAUGAAGAAGAGGAUGAUGCAUCGGCCCCACUGGUGGAGCCCUGCCCAAGGUCCAGCGCCAUGGCAACAGUGCGACAAGGCAAGCUCUACCUGUACGGAGGGAUGUUUGAGGUGGGAGACCGCCAGUUUACCCUGAAUGACUUCUACUGUCUGGACUUGCACAAGAUGGAGCAGUGGGAGGUCCUGGUUGAAAUGGACCCAAAGACACAGGAGUGGCUGGAAGAGUCUGAGUCAGAAGAGGAAGAGGAGGAGGAGGAAGGGGCGAAAGGAGCAGGAGGAGAGGAAGAAGAAUCUGAAGAGGAAACCGAGGAUGAGGAAGAUGAUGAAGAAGACCACCCUGCAGUGCAGGAGGGGGAGACGGUGACAGACUACCAGAAACGUACGGAGCAGUACUGGAUUAGAAUCGCACGUGCCAACAUGGGCCCCGACGCCAAGGAUAAAAAAGUGGCCAAAGUUGCCCUCGCCAUGGCUGAAGUCUUCUAUGAAGACCAAUAAUGGACAUGCAGAACUGUCUGAGUGACUGUGUGUGAGUGUGUACAAAUACUUUUGUAAUCAGUUGCCUUUUCAUAUCAGAUCUGGGGAUGUCAUUUGAACUGUAGUUCAAAUAUUCUCCAUUUAUUGACAAUAAAACACCCUUAAAAUUAAUUGAUGAGCUAUACAUACACUGUGCAUAUGUGUGCAUUAGUGGUAUUUUCAUUUCUGUUCAAUAAAAUUUUUUUAUUCA